CACCAUGUCAAGUACUGGGGGCGGAGGAGUUGAAGUGAAGAGAGUGUUUAUAGGAGCAGGAUGCAACAGAAUAGUGAACAACGUUUCAUGGGGUGCUUGUGGCUUGGUCUCCUUCGGUGCUCAGAACGCCGUCGCUAUAUACUGCCCCAGGAGUGCUCAAAUUCUGACUACUCUUCCGGGUCACAGAGCAUCUGUAAAUUGCACCCACUGGCUUCCAAGCAGCAAGUUUGCAUUUAGAGCAAAACAAUUAGAGCAACAUUAUUUGCUAUCUGGCGAUGCUGAUGGUGCUAUUAUUCUCUGGGCAAUGUCCCUUUCUGAUGGAAAGUGGAGAUGUGUCUUACAAGUACCACAAUCACACAAGAAAGGUGUUACAUGCAUUACUGGAAUCAUGAUUUCUCAAACCGAGGCAAUAUUUGCAUCUACUUCUUCAGAUGGUGCAGUAUGUGUAUGGCAACUGGUAUUUCCAAUGGCUGAAGGAGGCGACUGCGAAUUAUUGUGUCUGGAUUCUUUCUCUGUUGGUCCUAAACCAAUGGUAGCUUUAUCAUUGGCGGAGUUGCCUGGAAAUAAUGGGCAAAUAGUUCUUGCAAUGGGAGGAUUGGAUAAUAAGAUUCAUCUUUAUUGUGGGGGAAGGACAGGAAAGCUUGUUCGUGCAUGUGAGCUAAAAGGACAUACAGAUUGGAUCCGAAGUUUGGACUUCUCAUUGCCUAUUAGCACAAAAGGGGACUCAAGCAGCAUUUUGCUGGUAAGUUCAUCUCAGGAUAAAGGCAUACGAAUUUGGAAGAUGGCACUACGCAGUUCUUUGUCCAAUGGACAUGCUAUAUACAAGAAAGAAGAAAUAAGCUUGUCAUCCUAUAUAGAAGGUCCCGUGCUUGUAGCUGGCCCUUCUUCUUUUCAAAUAUCUCUGGAAUCACUUUUAGUUGGACAUGAGGAUUGGGUAUAUUCAGUGGAGUGGCAACCACCUUUGGCUUCAUCUUUGGAGAAGGAUUCAUAUUAUCAACCUCAGAGCAUCUUAUCAGCAUCCAUGGACAAGACUAUGAUGAUAUGGCAACCUGAAAAGACGUCUGGAAUUUGGAUGAAUGUGGUCACUGUUGGGGAACUUGGCCAUUGUGCUCUGGGGUUCUAUGGUGGCCACUGGAGUCCGCAUGGAGAUUCUAUAUUAGCACAUGGUUAUGGUGGAUCUUUCCAUCUCUGGAAAAAUGUUGAUAAUGAUAAUUGGCUGCCGCAAAAGGUUCCCUCUGGUCAUUUUGCAUCAGUGACUGAUAUAGCCUGGGCUAGAUCUGGCGAUUAUAUUCUGUCUGUCAGUCAUGAUCAGACAACUAGAAUUUUUGCUCCGUGGAAAACUGAGGCCUCUCUUCCAACAGGGGAAUCUUGGCACGAGAUUGCUCGUCCUCAGGUUCAUGGCCAUGAUUUCAAUUGCGUGACAGUUGUCCAAAGUAAGGGAAAUCAUCGUUUUGUUAGUGGAGCUGAAGAGAAAGUUGCUAGAGUGUUUGAAGCUCCCUCUUCUUUUUUGAAGACUUUGAAUAAUGCCUCUCUGCAGAAAUCUUGUUUUUCUGAUGAUUUCCAAUCAGAUGUUCAGAUUUUGGGUGCGAAUAUGUCUGCUCUUGGGUUAUCACAGAAACCUAUUUAUGUUCAAGCUGUACAUGAAACCCCUGACAGAAAUAGGAUUGAUGGUCUUGACUCCCUUGAGACUGUUCCUGAUGCAAUGCCAACAGUGUUCACUGAGCCUCCAAUUGAAGAUCAACUGGCUUGGCAUACACUAUGGCCUGAAUCACACAAACUCUAUGGUCACGGAAAUGAAAUCUUUUCUUUAUGCUGUGACCAUAGGGGUGAGCUCGUUGCUUCCUCGUGUAAGGCUCAAUCCGCAAAUGUGGCAGAGAUUUGGCUUUGGUUAGUGGGCUCAUGGAAAGCUGUAGGCCGCCUGCAUUCUCACAGUUUGACAGUGACACAGUUACAAUUCUCAUAUGAUGAUAAUUUUCUUUUGAGUGUUUCAAGAGAUCGUCAUUUCUGCAUCUUUAGAAUUGCAAGAACAGGCACGGGUGAAAUAAGCUACAAUCUUCUCACAAAGCAGGAGGGACACAAACGUAUUAUCUGGUCAUGUUCUUGGAAUCCCCAAGGUUAUGAAUUCGCAACAGGUUCCCGGGAUAAAACAGUGAAAAUCUGGGCUGUGAAGGGGGAAUCUACAGUAAGGCAGCUUAUGACUCUGCCUCAGUUUCCUAGUAGUGUAACAGCAUUAUCUUGGGUCGGUCUUAAUGAUCGGAGAAAUGAUGGACUUCUCGCCAUUGGAAUGGAAUCUGGUCUCAUGGAGCUCUGGAACCUGUCAUACUCUCAAACAAAUUUGGGAGCUUCUCUUGCUGUGCGCAUAGAUCCUCUUAUGUGCCAUGUCUCUUCUGUGAACCGUCUGGCAUGGAGGAAGAAGAGAGAAGAUGAAAAGAGCAUGCAAUUGGCUUCUUGUGGAGCUGAUCAUUGUGUGAGAGUGUUUGAAGUAGCUAUUGAUUAGUAGGUCAUGCUAGUAGAAUGAAAAUCUGAUUCAUAGUUUUGAGUGAGAAGAAGAAAAGAAGUUUGAUGUAUUCUGUCAAAGUGAACUGAAAAUUAGGGGCUGGGGCCUCAAUUUUCUAUCUCCUGCCUUAAUAUGAUUAUUGCAAGUUUUGAGUUUGCUUUUAUUUUAUUAUUUUGCUAAUGCUAAAGUUUAGAUGAGUUUGAUUCCAGAGUUUAUUAUUGUCUGACCAUAUUUUUAUGGUUGGAAAAGUAUCUAUGAAGAUAUUUUUAAAUUGUAAUGGGAUUUGAAUUUGCACUCGUGUAGAGUAUAAGUUGAGUCCUUAUUAAUUGAAGGCUUAAA